AUGUGGAAAGACAUGCAUGCCCUCAAUUCCAAGUUAGACAAAUUGAUCAUGGCUCAAUUCCCUCCCAAGCAUGUUAACUAUGUCUCUGGAAAAGCUCUAAUUAAGGACCAGGAAGGGGAGGAGAAGCAGCAUGAGAUUUGCUACAUCCAAAAUAAACAAGGAGGCUAUAGGAACACCAAUCCAGGAUAUCAAAUCAGCUAUGGCCAACAGGGCACAUACAAUAGCUAUUCAAGCAACUUGCAGAACCAAGGUGUACCACCGGGUUUCGUCCCAAUGCCUCACCAUACCCCACCAAGUCAAAUUUGGGAUAUGAAGGAAAUGCUCCAACAGCUCCUACAAGGGCAAACCAAAGGUUCACUGGAAAUGAACCACAAGUUGGUUGAGAUAAACUCCAAACUUGAGUCAUUAACUUCAAGAGUUCAAAUCAUUGAGUCUUCUAGUGCCUCAUCCUCUUCACCUCAAGAAUAUGCCCAAGCAGUAACACUGAGAAGCGGACGACAGUUGCCUAAUAGAGUAGGCAUUCCAAAAAUCGCUGUGGACAUCGAUGACCAGGAAGGGGAGGAUUUGGUCGAGUAUGCUGACAUCCCUGCACCGAACUCGAUCGAGCUGGAACAUAACAUGAACCAGAGCUCGAUCGAGCUGAAGAAACCAAAACUCAGCAAGACAAACCAGAGCUCGAUCGAGCCAGAAGAGCAAACUGACAAGGCAACUUCCAGCCAACCAACUAAACCUGUUGGAAAGAAGAAGGACACUCCAUCAGGGCCACCACCAUACAAACCCCCUCUACCUUUCCCAGGAAGGUUCAAGAAACAGCUGUUGGAAAGCACAAGGCUAAGUUUGAUGAACUAA